AUGCGUCUCCCAACCAGUUGCCUACUUGCUCCCACCUUCCCCCGUCGUUCUCCCGCCUCUCCCUUCCAUCUUUACACCUCCCGCCCGUUGCCUUGUUCUCCCCUCCCCUCCCAGGUGUGCGCCCUGCUCCUGGCGUGUCUAUUCUUGUACGACAUCUUCUGGGUGUUCUUCUCACACCGCUUCUUCGGAGCCAACGUGAUGCUCUCAGUGGCCACGCAGCAUGCCCACAACCCUGCCCACUCCGUCGCUCACUCCCUCCGCCUGCCCUCUGCCGUAGCAAAGUCGAUUGUGAGGGAGAUAGAGCUGCCAGUGAAGCUGCUGUUCCCGAGGGACCUGUUUGGAGAGCUGAACGUGUUUGGAGCGAAAGGACAAGGAAGAGCGCGGGAUUUCAUGGUGCUGGGACUGGGCGAUAUGGCUAUACCAGGCAUGCUGCUUGCUCUUGUUCUGUGCGUGGAUCAGCACAAGAGGCGGCAGCAGCAGGAGGAGCAACAGCAGCGGGAGCUGGAGGUUCUAGAGGCAGGGAGGGGCGGGAAAGAACAGCAGCAAGAGCCGCAUGAGCCUUCCCAUUCACAACAUUCUCAGAAACAUUCUGAGCAGCACUCUCAGCAGCAUUCUCAGCAGCAGCAUCAUUCUCAGGACAAUUUGAGUCGCCCACUACUCGACUCGUUGCAUUCAGUGAAGGAGCAUGGGAAGGGGCAGCUGGGCUAUGUGUGGGUGGCAGCAGUGGGUUAUGCGGUGGGGCUCGUGGCUGCUCUCGCUGCUGGCGUGCUGACAAGGUCUCCCCAGCCCGCCCUACUAUACCUGGUGCCCUCCACGCUCGGCCCUGUGUCACUGGUGGCGUGGAGAAGAGGCGAGCUGGCAGAUUUGUGGGACGGCUCGCCUGGCCUCAUGCCGUUCGACCAGGACAAGCUUGAAACGCUGGAUGUUUAA